GCAUCAACUCCAACACUCAAAUAAUGAAUCGAAGAAAAAGAAGAGCAACUGAUGUUCAAGUUUAUUAAACUUAGGGUUAGUUUGAAAACUCCAUUUUUCCAAAGAAUUCCUAUUUUUUCAAGUAAAAAUAAACUAAUGUAUCUUAGGAAAUUAAAAUCCCGUGAAAAAAGAUUCCCAAACUAGCCCUUAAAACUAAUUUUAAAAUUCGCUAUAUAUUUUCCAGCACUGCUAUCUUUUCCACCUCUCCUUUUUCUUCAUUUUUGCUGCAACCAUCAGUUCAACCUUACCUUGUAAGAAAAGAUUAUGCCUUUCUAGCACCUCCUGGCCACCAAAGAAGCAAAAAUCUUCCAGGUUCCCACCCACACGGCCACACCCACUGUUCUACAUGCUCAUGCAUCCUCCUAAUGUAACCUGAAGCUUUAAGAAAACAAAGUGCUCCCGGAAGACUCCAAGCUGCAGCUACCGGCCUUCCUCUCCCCCAUUCCAAUUCCGAGAACAGGGGCGGCGGAGUCAACCAGGUACGAUGUGCUCGGUAGCGAGGCUGGCGUUUGUGCUUGCACUGGCCAUAGCCGCCUCGUCAAUUGAGGUUGCGGAGAGCAGAGAUUUUAAUAUCUUUGCUCAGGGCAGCUUGCCUGAUGCAACCAAGGGAUCGUCUGGUCUAGCUGCAACCAGUGGAAAGUUGUGUCAGUUAUGCGAGCAGUACUCAUCCGAGGCGCUCCUCUAUCUCACACAAAACGAGACCCAGACUGAGAUUCUUAGCAUUCUACACCAUGAAUGUGCCAGCCUUGCCCCUCUCAAACAGCAGUGCAUCACGCUGGUUGACUACUACGUACCCCUUUUCUUCUUGGAGGUCUCCAUGGUUACCCCUGAGAAGUUCUGCGAGUCGAUGCAUCUCUGCAAGAAGGGGAUGAAGAUUAGCCUACCCACCCGGGAGGGUACUUGUGGUUUGUGCCACCAUGUUGUUGUUGAAAUUCUUAUCAUGCUUAAAGACCCCAACAUGCAGGUAAUAACCAUAUUUUCACUAUCUGUCACCAACAUUCUUCUGUGUUGUACUGCUCUGUACUCUGUACAUACUGUAAUGCCUUUCUUUGUUUGCUGCAAUCUUGCAGCUGGAAGUAAUCGACCUACUCACCAAAACAUGCAGCAAGGCGCAGAACUAUGAACAGUAGUGCAAGCGGCUGGUCCUCAAGUAUAUUCCACUUAUUCUGGUGAAGGGCCAGAAAUUCCUUGAGACAACGGAUGUCUGCUCUGUGAUACAUGCAUGCAAAGCAGGCACACAAGCAUCAAUGGAAGCCAUGCCUCUGUCUGCCAUGUUGUGAAGGUGAUGCGAAUCAGAAUAAGGCUUAUUUGCCUAGGAGAUCAAAUUGGGGAGAAACGAUGAAAAGUCAGAUGACUGUUUUAAGCUCUCUUCCUCUAUUGCUGAAACACUAUUGAUCGGUGAAAAUUCGGCUGUGUAAAAAUCUUGUGUAAAUUUGGGGGUAUAUCCAUUGUUUCUCUGAAGUAUACAGCAACUGCAGCUACAUCAAUCUCUUCGGCAUUGGGUUGAGAAGUUCUAAGCAGUAAUUGCAUUUUACUGUAUCAUCUAUUUGUUUGUAACUACUGGGAGUUAUUAAUUCCUUGUUUCUCUGUUGCUCUGUCAAAUUCUCUGUAACAUUAGAGUUAUACUAAAACAUUAAGUUUGCUUUCGAAAUAAUAAAAACAUUUAUAAUA